AUGGGUCGUGCCGCGCAAACUAUCUCAUUUGCCUUGCUGGUUUCUUCCGCAUAUCUCCUCCUUGCGCUCCCUCUCCUAGCUGAAGAUUCUCCGGUGCCUUCAAUAUUACCGACCAGAAUCCAGGUUGAAAUUAUCCCGGUACUACCCUUCUGGGCCCUCGUUACUCUCGGCGCAUACCUCCUGGGGCGGCUGGGUCUGGGUGUUUUACGUUUCAACGACACAGAAGAUGCUUACAAGGAGCUCAUGGGACAAUUAGACGCGGCAAGGAAGAGUUUGGACCAAAGAAAAGUCCGCUGGGAUUGA